AUGGAUCCCUCAUCAAGGAAAAUCACUUUCAUAUUCAGAUACAAGAGUCCAGAUCUUGGCACUUUGAAGGUCCUUUUAUCUAGAGGAACAUCCCUCAAGGACAACAAAUUCAGAACUACCUUCGGUAACAUUAUAGACCUCUUGACAGAAAAGGUUGACUAUGGUGUAAUCACCGCAUUAGCUCAAUAUUAUGACGCCCCUUUAAGAUGCUUUACCUUCCCUGACUUCCAAAUCUCCCAAACUCUGGAAGACAUUGAGAGACUUCUCAAUCGACCGAUAAAGGAAUAUAACCCCUUCCCCAAGUUGAAAGAAGGAUUUUGUUUGCCUGAGCUUUCUACCGCCUUGGGUAUCAACGCCAACGAACUUGUGGCUAAUUGGGGAUCUAAAGGUGCCGCCAAUGGUUUAACUCAGAAAUUCCUCGAAGCCCAUGCUUGGAAGAUGAUUCAGGAAGAAAGGCCAGAUUUCAGUAGCACGACAUUAGCACUCUUGAUACAUGGAUUUGUUUUAUUCCCUAAUAUAGACAAAUUCGCGGACCCUUUGGCGGUGGAAGUCUUCCUACCUAAUAACCCGGUGCCAUUCCUGCUCGCCGACUUCGAUCACACCUUCCAUACAAAGCAUGAGAAGAAAGGAGGGACCUUUCUCUGUUGUGAUCCUCUAUUGCACUUAUGGAUGAGGAUUCGUAUGCCUCAACAUGAACCUUUUGCUUAUAGAAACUUGUCAUGGCUCCAAGAGUUUUCAUCUCUCUCAGCUAGUUCAAUCCUUUGGAACAAGAGAGAAUGGGAAAUGAAGGAUGUCAUUGCAAGAUAUGGAGGGUUCCCGAAUGUCCCCUUAAUAGGAACAUAUGGUUGUAUCAAUUACAACCCCGUGCUACUCAAGAGAAAAUUGGGAUAUAUCAUGUUGAAUCCUCCCAAGGAUAGAGACCUCAUAACUUUCAUCGUCAAUACCGUGGAUCCACUCAAUUCAACCGUGAAGAGAGUGCGAGGGGCUUGA